GGUUUAUUACUCAAUUGGGGAGUUGAAAAACAAGUGUGGGAUUACGUCUUUGGUAAAGACGCUUUGAAGGUAUAACCUCAAAUGGUCGAUCUGUGCUAGUGUACAAUGAUCAGGGUCUGAGCAAAAUCCUGAUAUCCAUGGGAUACUAAAAUUUGUUGGAUGCCAAACUGUGAAUGACUUAUAUCCCAACCGGAUACUAAGAAAAUUUCAAACAUUAGGAAAAUGUUAAGCACCUCUCAGUUGUGACAAUGCUGUUCCAACAACUUGUCAACAAGAUGUCUCCUCAACAGACUUGUACCAAGCUUGUUAACAAGUUGUGACAAUGCUGUUCCAACAACUUGUCAACAAGAUGUCUCCUCAACAGGCUUGUACCAAGCUUGUUAACAAGUUGUGACAAUGCUGUUCCAACAACUUGUCAACAAGAUUUAUCCUCAACAGCCUUGUAGCAAGCUUGUUAACAAGUUGUGACAAUGCUGUUCCAACAACUUGUCAACAAGAUGUAUCCUCAACAGCCUUGUAGCAAGCUUGUUAAAAAGUUGUGACAAUGCUGUUCCAACAACUUGUCAACAAGAUGUGUCUGCAAUACGUUUGUAGCAAGCUUGUUGCAAACAUAACAAACCCACUUCAAAUCAUAGUCAGUGAAUUUAUCUGGUCCGGAAGUUGGCAAAUUUUACAAUCUCUUAUUUUUCAUUGUUUGGUUAAAAUUAGGUCAACUGUCCUGAAACAGAUAUAUUGAUCACAGAACCUUACUUUAACUUUGCAUCAAUUUCUGUAAGUGUUGACAAAUUUUGAAUUGUCUAAAUUUCAUGUAGAAUAAUAUUGAUUGAAUUAGGUAUGCAUUGCUAACAUUUCAGGAUGCUAUGGAUGAAAUUCUCUUUGAAGAAUAUGACUACAGGGCGUUAUGCAGAACAACAGGUAUGGUAAAUUUGUUGUAGUUUUGCUUGGUGAAUAAUAAAUUCUUCUCCAGCUGAUAAUUUCAGCAAAAAUAAAACAAAAGUUAUUCCGAAUAAGGAGUGCAUAAUAUUAACACACAAUUUAUUAAAACUAAGUUUUAAUAAAUUGUGUGUUAAUAUUAUGCACUCCUUAUUCGGAAUAACUAAAUUGUUGAAUAAUAAAUUAUACUGUAUGUUCUUUGGUUUGUGGAAACACCAUUUAUACUUAUUAUUGCAAAGCUUUCGAUCCUCGUCAGUGCUAAUAAUAUACCUUAUUCAAUAAUUAUGUAAUAUUUUAAAACACAAGCAGGAACUCGUGCUUUAUCAGAUAUAAAACACGAGAGCACAGCCUCAGAGUGUUUAACUUUAUAUCUGAUAGAGCACAGACUGCAAAUGUUUUAAAUGGCUUAAAAAGCGACCCAUCUAAUGAGUUCAUUGGCAAAGUAAUUUUAAAAAUAAACGUUUUCUAAGAUGAGAAAAUCAAAGCUAAAUUGAUGUAAAUGAACAUGAUUUUUUAUCACAUAUAAAACCAUCGACACGGCAGCGAUUUCUUUUGUAUUUUCCUCGUGAAUUAUUAAUGAGUUGUUAAAGUAUAAUAAUAUAUCUAGAUAUAGUCUGUGCUGAUAGCCUGAUAGGAGGUUUAAUCGUGUGAAUUCAAACUUUAUUCCCAGCUGCACAGCUGAGUGCACACAAGUAUGUUCAGGAAGACCCUAGUCUACGUCUGGUUUGUCUUGUGGUGGAUUGUGGGUAUUCAUUUACACACAUUGUUCCCGUAUAUCAGGGAAAGAUUAUCAAGGAAGGUGUACAAAGGUACAGUAUGUGACAGUGGAAACGUCCUUCGGAGACAAAGUCAAAGUUUCUGUUAUCACAGUAGGAAUUUUGCAUGGGGCAAUGGACAAUUCCCAUUAUAGACUAAUUUUAAAACUAGGCAAGGAGAUGCAAAUAAAUCACCACGGCUAGAAAGAACAUACUAAAAUUAAUAAAAUUACAAAAUUUGGUUGCAGAAUGUUGUAAAAUGCGGAAAAUAUAGCCUUUCAAAGUUUGCAAAUUUUGUAUGCUUUUCUAUUGCGUGUGGAAAUUGCACCAUUUUCGGCCCAAAUGUGGUAGGAAUUUCUGCAAUUAGUCUAUAAUGGGAAUUGCCUAUUCUAAGUUGUGGGAAAUGUGUAAGGGAGCUGACUUAAUGUUUAACACCGACUCAGUUUCCUCAAAUAUUUCUUACAAAAUCCUUCAAAACUUAGAAUUUACCCAUGCAAAAUUCCUACUGUGAUCGCAGAAACUUUGAUAGUGUAAUCCAGACUCAAUGGUGAAGACUUCCAACUUUUAUUUUUUCCAGGAUAAAUGUUGGAGGAAAGUUACUUACAAACCAUCUAAAAGAGAUCAUUUCAUACAGGUAUAGUAAUUUCAUAUGGAAUUAUAUUUUUAUAUUUUAAUACACAAAAUUGUUUUGUUCCUAUUAUGUUUUUAGACAACUACACGUUAUGGACGAAACGUAUGUCAUGAACCAGGUAUGGCAAAUAUAAAUUGAUUAUAUAGUGAAAGAAUAGAGGUACAUUUGGGUCCAAUACAACUUACACACUUAAUGCACAAGUUGUAACAAACCUGCAGCAGACUUGUAGCAAUGUUGUUUCAACGUCUUGUCAUCAGGAUGUGUUCGCACUGCUUGUUCCUCCUAGCUUAUUGACAACUUGCUACAAGGUUUUUGACAAGCUUAAUAUACAAGUGCCUGAAGCUAAUUGCAAUCCUUGGGCAGAAUGUCUUAUGCAUGUUUAAUUUAAGUAAGGUAGAACAUUUCAAGAACUUCCUUUUGCAAAUGCCAAAACUCGGUUUUCAAAUGCCAGAACUCUCUUUUCAAAUGCUAAAACUCCCUUUUCAAAUGCCAAAACUUCGUUUUCAAAUGCCAGCAGUCCGUUUUCAAAUGCCUGAACUCCUUUUGUAAAUGCUAAAACUCAGUUUUCAAAUGCCAGAACUCGCUUUUCAAAUGCCAGAACUUUCUUUUCAAAUGCCAAAACUACGUUAUCAAAUGCCAGAACUCAGUUUUUAAAUGCCAGAACUCCCUUUUCAAAUACCAAAACUCCGUUUUCAAAUGCCACAACUCAGUUUUCAAAUACCAAAACUCAGUUUCCAAAUGCCAGAAUUCCCUUUUCAAAUGCCACAACUCCGUUUUCAAAAACAGAGCUCCGUUUUCAAAUGCCAGAACUCCGUUUUCAAAGGCCAAAACUCUGUUUUCAAAUUCCAGAACUCCGUUUUCAAAUGCCAGAACUCCGUUGUCAAAUGCUAAAACUCCCUUUUCAAAUGCCAGAACUACCUUUUCAAAAACAAAAUACCUGAAAAAAACCCUAAAUAGACAGGCAUGGAACACAUCUUGUAUUCUUGUUGACAAGUUGUGAGAUUUUUACGUGUAAUGAAUUAACUCGUCAUAAUUACAUUCUGUACUUCAUCAGUUGUUUUUAUUCACCGUCAGGUAAAAGAAGACGCCUGUUUCGUGUCUGAAGAUUUUUACAAAGAUGUAGAAAUGGCGAGGUAGGCUGAGAAACUUUCACAUGGUCUUAGUUUUGUAAGCCAACAGAGGUCCUGAGUUAAGCUUCAUCCCUACUUUUUAGAAUAAAAGGAAAAGAGAAUAAAAUAGUACGAGACUAUGUGCUUCCAGAUUACACCAAUAUUAAACGUGGAUAUAUUAAGGUGGGUAAAACUGAAUUUAAAAAACUUUGAAAACGUCUGUUCAAUGUUCAGGUAUUCAACCUGACAGACAGCCGUGCUGUGAAGCAAGGUUGUUGUUGUCCGAAAAAAAAUGUUUUUCCGGAAAAAGUUUUGAAAUAGGGGCCCCUAAAAAAAAAUUGCCCCGGGCCCCCGCCAAGCUCUCGGCGGCCCUGCCUGACAGCCAGCCGUGCCGCAAAGCAUAUACUACUUUCAAUGUUCAGGUAUUUCACCUGACAGACAGCUGUGGUGUGAACUGUGAAGCAUAUAUUACUAUAACCUGAUUAUUUUUUUAUUAGUCAGUGGAGGAUAUGUGGGAUAAGUCAAAGAUAAAUGAAAAUGAACAGGUGAGUUGGGGAGAAUUGAAUCACCACGAAGCCAAGGCCCAAACAGUACUAUGAUAAAAGACGGAUGAUUCAUACUGGGUUCUUUUUCACCUCGGAGAUCGUUGGUUCGAUUCUCACUGCAGAUUCAUAACCGGCCAGCCGUGUGAAAAGAGUGAUUCAACACUCUAGGCAAAAAAAAAUAUAUGUGGGUUUCCGGUUUCUUCUUAUAAAAACUUAGGUAGGGUAGGUCGGUUUUAACUUUUUUUUUUAAACCUUUUUUUUAAUUUUCCGAACAAGCGGGCGCCAUUUUGUUUAGUCAGUGCUUCCACAUCCAAACAUAAAUUUCCCUAAUAUUGCCUCAAAUUUCAAUUUUCCACAAACUUUUUCUUCUAAGUGGAAACACUUACAAGCACGAUCCAAUAAAAAAGUUUAGGGUCGGGAUUUCGACGUCCAAAAGCUAGGUAGGGUCGGGAAACCGGAAACCCACAUAUUUUUUUUUGGCCCUACCGAACGUCGUGGGUUUUCUCCGGGUGCUCCGGUUUCCUCCCACAGGGAAAGUUGACAGGGUGGGUUGGGAUUUGUCCUCCUAUAACUGACCCUUCCAUCGUAUCUGAGCUCCGCGAUCAGACCGGACUCCUAACUUGGCUGCCAUAGGCGCCUUUAGAAAGCCUCCUGCUUAGCUGUCAGCUGCAAGUAAUGAUGAUUAGCACACAUUACUAAGUUAAGUAUGGGACCGGUCAUAAAGUAACUGCCAGGGUGGGCUGGAGUGAUUUGGGAUGGGCCAUGGAAAAUCUUUGGGCAGUUUCGAUGGGCCGCAAAUUUUUUUGUAUGUCCACGGUUGGGCCACCAAACAAAAACCCAUGCAUGUCUACUUCGAAAAAUAAAGAUAUUAAUAAUAAAAGAAAACAAAACUAUAUCCAAAUUAUCAAAUGCAAAUGAUGCUAUUGAAGCCAGUACUCUGUUUAUUCAACAAGAAGUGGUCGAAUCAUAGCAAAUACAACCAACUGGAGAGCAGCUCAGUAUCAAUGUGUUGGUCAGACUUGGUGGAAUUAUGUAUGUCAAUACAGUGCCGUGUAUAUUUACAAUGUUCAUACCUGCAAGUUUUUUUAUUAUAAAAGUGUAUUUUUCCAAUUUAGAUUGGAUGGGUCAUGAAAAAUGUUUUGUAAGAUUUGAUGGGCUUUGAAAUUUUUAUCUACAUCCUAAGAUGGGUCACCAAACUUAUUGGCAAAAUUUGUGAUUUACCUUCAGCCCACCCUAGCAGUUACUUUAUGACCAGACCCUAACUCAGAUAAUAUUUUAUUAUAUGAUAUAGAUGAUUCGAAUAAAUAUCGAGCGGUUUUCAGUUCCUGAAGUUUUGUUUCAUCCUCCUGAUAUUGGUGAGAUAUUACUUUUUUAUAUUCCUUAGCUGUUUCCCUGAACGUGUUAUCUCACGGCCCGUCGUUGUUCAAUAUGUCAGCAUCGGCUAUUUUCCGAGCAAAACGCCAGUGUGACCGUCUACUGAUAGCUCUUCGCAGACACAACGACGGUCGACCAUUUUGUCACGGUCGACCAUUUUGUCACGGUCGACCAUUUUGCAAAAUUUGGUUACGAAGUUUGCAUAUUUUGUAUAUGAUGUUUGUGUGAUGUUACUCUGAGUGUAUAUCCACACCGGGCAGGCUUGAAAAAUAUGCCUGGCCACGGCGGGAUUCGAACCUACGACCUUUGGAAUACUAGCCCAAGGUUCGAAUCCCGCCGUGGCCAGGCAUAUUUUUCAAGCCUGUCCGGUGUGGAUAUACACUCAGAGUAACAUCACACAAACAUCUUAUUCACCUGAGUAUUUACACCAACACAGCAGAUUUCAUAUUUUGUAUAUGUUUGUAUUACGUGCGGAAAUUGUUACCAUUUUUGAGCCGAAAAUGGUAACAAUUUCCGCACGUAAUACCAACAUACAGUACAAAAUUUGCAAGGCUUUGCAAGACUAUAUUUUCCAAGCUUAAUUACAACAUUUCGCAACGAAAUUUUGCAAUUUUACUAAUUUCAUUAUGCUCUCUUUAGCUGUGUUGUCCCUUCUCUUUACUUAGAUUAAAAUUUAGUCUGACAUGCAAGUUCUCCAUUGAUAAGUAUUAAUUUGAUUUCAGGUGUGCAAGAAAUGGGCAUUGCCGAGGCAAUCGUCCAUUCCAUAGACGCUACACCAACAGGUAUGGCAACAGCAGAUAUUUCAAUACAACUGUCUUGUAAAGAAAUUUCUUUUCAAGAUUUUUCAUGUCGUGAAUUUUACGCUCGAAAUUUUUAUGUUAGUUGAUGCAGGGAAUGAAAACGUAUUGAAAAUGCUUUUCUUCAUCCCAUUUCAGAUAUGCAGCCCCAUUUCUACACAAAUAUUUUAUUGACCGGAGGAAGCUGUCUAUUUCCUGGCUUUAAAUCAAGAUUGUAAGUCGACAUUUAAAAUAUAUGUAUAUUUAUAAACGACUAUGUAUGAAAAUCUGCCAGCACUUAUGGUGUUGAAGCUCGGAGACCCGGGUUCAAUUCUUGGUCGGAUCUCUACUCAAGGUGAGAAACUCAAUAAACAAACUAUAUAUCUCACGACUAUACGGUUCCCUAACUAGGAUUUAAUAAAAUGAUUGUUUCCCAUCUAUUCUGAUAUGGUACCCUGCAUCUAAUUUGUAUUUUUCAGAUAUUCGGAUAUUCGUUCAUUGGCUCCCAUUGAAUUCGAUGUUGCCGUCCAUCUGCCAUCAGAGUGAGUUCCAUGGUUUUUUUUCUCGCUUGAAUAAAUUGAUCAGUUUUCCUUGACGAGUAGUCAUCUGUUUAUAAAGACAAAAAGAUCUGAAAAUAAAGAUCAUUGCCUUAGAAACACUGUUAAAUGACAGCAUAGCCUAUCGAAAGGAAGAUAGCUGUGAAACUCAUUAGAAUAACAAUAUAACUCAUUAUCUAUGUUGGUCAACGUUUAUUCAUAAAUCUGGUCAUCGUCACUGGAAUUUGCUGUUGGUGGAUUUGGUAAAAAUACAAUACACACGUGACGGUGAAACGACCAGAUUUAUGAAUAAACGUUGACUAACUUAGAUAAUGAGUUAUAUUGUUAUUCUAAUGAGUUUCACAGCCAUCUUCCCUUCGAUAGGCUAUGAUGAUAGUAAUAUACUAUUUUAUAUCUUAACACUUUUUUGUCAUUUAAUUUGUUGUAAAUAGUUUCUUCUUUCAUCUUUUUUCACUCGAAAUACUAAAACUAGGGGAACUAGGGGCCUUACCAUUAAUAAAAGUCCAACAGGAUUUCCAAAAGUUCCUAGCUCAUUAUACUAUUGUGAUUAUUUUUCACUAUACUUGUAAACAUUUUGUGGGCAAAAAUUAAUAAAUCUAAUCUAUCUUUACCGGGGUUCCCGAUUUUCGGCGUCUAUAGCAUAGACAAUCACUGGUUGUUUCUCGAAAUUAUAAACCAAACUAUUUCCUUCUUUAAUACCACAGAAAUUUAUGUUACGAAAUAUAUUUUUCGUCUAGGCCUGCAACGUGCGCAUGGCUUGGAGGAAAACUUUUGUCAAAUUCCGAAGACUUCACGAACAUGCUAAUCACUAAAGCGGAAUACCAAGAACAAGGAAAAAACGCUUGUCGGAAGAAAUUCGGUGGAAAGGAGAAGUAAUGGCGAACAGUAGGUUAUUUUAACUCAUUCCGUUUGUCGAGCUCCCACUGCCAAUUAAGAGAAAUCAUCUGUCUGUCGCAAUGCGCUGUGCUGUUGCAAUGCGCUGGUGGAACAGUUGUCAUACGCCCAAGACCGUAACUACUGGGCGGGGGGAUUUGGGGGUGCGACAACUAAUGUUGUAAUAUUGCAGUUUUGUAGGGCAAUUUUAACGACACGCUCGUGGGGAAAAAUAUGUAAUUGAGCAAAAAAUUUUACAUAAUUUAUUGAAAAGUAAAAUAAUUUAUUGAAAAGAUAAUUUUACGAAAAUAUUACUGAAGAAUUAUACAAAUUACGAUAUGUAUGUCCGAAAAGAAAUAUUAAUUAGCGACUGAAAUUAUUAUUUUCGAAAAGAAAUAUUUAUUAGCAACUGAAAUGUCCAUCGGGCACAACUUCGGCCACGCCCUU